AUGAAAAACAAAAGAAUUACAGUAGUAAGCAAUAGACUCCCGCUGCAUGCCAAAAAAGAAGGGGGCGUGUACACAUACACAAAAACCUCGGGUGGGCUGGUAACUGGACUUAGCGGUGCACAGGAGUCGCUAAACUUUAUGUGGGUUGGGUCACUGGAGGGUGUGGACCCUGAGGAUCAGGAAAUGGUCAAAAAGGAGUGCAUUGAAAAAUACAACUACUAUCCUAUUUUCAUAGAAGAGACUCUAUAUGACAAGUACUACAACAAUCUGUGCAACGGCGUUCUCUGGCCUCUUCUGCACUCCUUCUCAGACCUUGCAUCCUUUAGCAUUGAAGACUACAUUGCAUACAAAAAGGUAAAUAUGCAGUUUGCAGAAGAAAUACUCAAGACAGCCCAGGAGGGAGACAUAGUUUGGGUGCACGACUACCACUUAAUGCUUCUGCCUGAGUUUAUUCGCAAAGGCUUCUCAAAAAGCAUAAAAAUAGGAUACUUUUUGCAUAUUCCGUUUCCAAGCUACAGCAUUCUAAAAGGAUUUCCAAUUCUGUUUCCCUUGAUAAAGGGUAUCCUGGGAUCAGACUUGGCGGCAUUUCACACCUUUGAAUAUCUGGCCAAUUUCAAGAAGGCGUCAGAGGUGUGCGAGACCGCGGCCUCCUCGGAAACGACCAUAGAGAUAGACGGGAGAUCUGUUAAGCUUGAAGCUCUUCCUAUAGGAAUAGACCCCGUGGCAUUCCAAAAGGAGUCCCAGAAGAAGGAAACAAUUGAAAGAGCAAAAGAAAUAAAAAAGCGCUUAGGAAACAAAAAAAUCGUUCUGGGAAUUGACAGAGUAGACUACAUAAAGGGCAUACCUCACAGAAUACAAGCAUUCAAAAAGAUGCUUGUUGAAAACAAAGAGCUCUCUGACAAAGUUGUAUUUUGCCAGGUCGGUGUUCCCAGCAGAACUGACGUCAAGGUAUAUGCAGCCCUUUCAGAUGUUUUGUGCCGCCUGAGCGGAUCUGUCAACUCAUCUGGGCCAAUUGAAGAUACUUCAAUAUACUUCAUAAACAACUCAAUCUCAUUUACUGAGCUAUGCGCACUCUACAGCGCAUCAGAUGUCUGUGCGAUUUCCUCGCUAAGAGAUGGAAUGAAUCUGGUUGCGCUGGAGUUUAUUGCGUGCACCACUAAUGGGGUGCUUGUUAUGAGUGAAUACGCAGGCGCAGCUGGCAUGCUAACAGGAUCUGUGUACUCCAACCCAUGGGAUAUAAAAAAGCUAGCAGGCGCAUACAAAACAUCUCUGGAUAUGCCGGAUGAUGAAAAAGCGCAGCGAAAGGAAGAGAUGCAGAAAGUUGUUUUCAAAUUUACAGCAGAGCACUGGGCUAAACGGUUCAUAUCAAUUCUAUCAGAGUCUUUAGAGUGA